GUUCGGCUCGGUUCGGUUCUGCACGGAUGGACACGGUUCGGCUCAAUGUCCACGAGCGGCUCCGUGGGUCGCGGUGCUGGAGCUGCGGUGAUCGCAGCGCUGUUCCCCGGUUAAAUAUCGCCGGGCGGGAGGAGCAGCGGGAGGAGCCACGGGGUGCGGUGUGUCACGGCACGGUUCGGUACGGCACGGUUCGGUUCGGCACAGCACGGCUCGGUUCGGCACGGUUCGGUUCGGUACGGCACAACACGGUUCGGUACGGCACAGCACGAUUCGGUUUGGCACAGCACGGUUCGGUUCGGCACAGCACGGUUCGGUACGGCUCAGCACGGUUCGGUUCGGCACAGCACGGUUCGGUUCGGUACAGCACGGUUCGGUACGGCACGGUUCGGUUCGGCACAACACGGUUCGGUUCGGCACAGCACGGUUCGGUUCGGCACAGCACGGUUCGGCACAGCACGGUUCGGUACAGCACGGUUCGGUACAGCACAACACGGUUCGGUUCGGCACAGCACGGUUCGGUUCGGCACAGCACGGUUCGGUUCGGCACAGCACUGUUCGGUUCGGCUCAGCACGGUUCGGUCCGGUUCGGUCCGGAGCAGGGUCCGGCUCGCUUCUAAACCGGACCUGCGCCCCCUGCCCAGGGUGGAGCAUAGAGUGCCAUUGUGCCUGCAGGUAGAGGUGACUGCGUGAGCCUGGAUGGGACGGCAGCUCUUUGGUUGUUUUCGGCUAAUUAAUGAA